CCCGCCAGGAUGCAGCCCCCCGCCCUGGCUGCCCUCACCCUGCUGGCCUCGCUGCAGCUGCUGGAGGUGCGAGGGGAGGGCGCGGCUGGGUCCCAGGUGCUGAGCCCCGCCCCCAGGGACCAGCCCCCCCGGCCUGGCCGCCCCGUCCCCGCUGGGCCCCAACCCCCCCGUCUGGAGAAGCGCAGCCGGACCCUGGCCCGUCGGGGGCAGCGAGCACCCAAGGCAGCCAGCCCCCACGUGUGCGGAGUGACCUGCUGCCCCGGCUGGAGCCUGGCCCCCAAAACCCAGAAGUGCACAAAAGCCAUCUGCACCCCGAAGUGCCGCAAUGGGGGGCUGUGCCGGGAGCCCCAAGUCUGCACCUGCCGCCCGGGGUUCGCUGGCCGCCGGUGUGAGCAGCUGGUGCCCCCUGAGCCCCCCUUGGGGCUCCCCCCAGGGCCCAGCCCCCGCCCAACCAGCGCCUCCGCCCCGCGCCCCACAGCCCCCAACGCUAGGAGGGCAGCGUCCGUGCACUGGCAGCCGCUGACGCUGGCAGAGCUCCAGGCCGUGCUGCGGCGCCGGGCCGCUGGCCCCACGGACAAGAUGGCGUCGGUGCUGGCCAAGCACCUGGAAGCCCAGCGGGGCCGGGCCGCCCGCCCCGCGCCCCCCCCCAGCACCCGGCCCCCCAAGAGCGGGCAGACCCUGCACCACAGCCCUCGGCCUGUCCUGUGCCCCCUGCUCUGCCAGAACGGGGGGGUCUGCAUCAAGAAGGACCAGUGUCUCUGCCCCCCCAGCUUCACCGGCAAGUUCUGCCAGAUCCCGGCCCCCCGGCCCCAGGCCCCGGCCCCAGCGCAGGAGGAAGACAGCCCGGGGGGGCCGCAGCCCCUCACCAAAUCCGUCUACACCCUGCCCCUCGCCAACCACCAGCAGGAGCGGGACGGUGCCCUGUCCAUGGUGAACGUCCACGUGCAGCACCCCCCCGAGGCCUCGGUGACCAUCCACCAGGUGGAGCGGGUGAGUGAGGCCAGCGCCCCGGGGCAGCCGCCCGCCAACGCCCUCUACACCGUCCUGGCCCAGAGCAGCCCCCGCACCAGCGGGUACCGCGAGGACGCCGGCUACGGGUACUGCUUCCGGCAGCUCCACGCCGGGGAGUGCAGCGCCCCCCUGCCCGGCCUGCGGACCCAGGACGUCUGCUGCCACGGUGCCGGCGUGGCCUGGGGCGUCCACGAGUGUCUGCCCUGCGCCACCCAGACAGCGAAUGCACCCUCCCUGGGGCAGCAGGAGGCCCCGUGCCCCAAAGGCUUCCAGCGGGUCAAUGGCUCCUGCCAGGAUGUGGACGAGUGCCGGGAGGGCGGGUUCUGCCAGAACGGGCUUUGCACCAACGCGCCCGGCAGCUUCUCCUGCCUCUGCCACACGGGCUACAUCCUCGACUCCUCCCGCAGCAGCUGCAUCUCCCACCACGUGAUCUCGGAGGCCAAGGGCCCCUGCUACCGGGUCCUGCGGGACGGGGCCUGCUCCCUCCCCACCCUGCGCAACAUCACCCGCCAGAUCUGCUGCUGCAGCCGGGUCGGCAAGGCCUGGGGCUGGGGCUGCCAGCGCUGCCCGCUCUUCGGCUCCGAUGGCUUCAAGGAGAUCUGCCCAGCGGGUCCCGGCUACCACUACUCCGCCUCCGACCUGCGCUACAAUGCCCGGUUCCUGGGCCCCGACCUGCCCCGCGUGCCCGUCGGCCGCCAGCAGGGGGCGCGCAAGGCCGCCCCGCCCGCCACGGCCCGCUGGAGUGCCCAGCCCACGGCACCGGGGGGGCAGCGCCCUGCCCAGCCCCCCGCAACCCUGCCACCUGCCCCCAAAGCUGCCCAAGAGGGGCCGACCUCAGAGCCCAGCAGCGUGUGUGAGCGGAACCCCGAGAUCUGCGGCCCGGGGCGGUGCGGCCCCCGCCAGGGCGGCUACACCUGCCUCUGUCACCCCGGCUUCUGGCUGAGCACCCAGGGCACCCACUGCAUCGACAUGGACGAGUGUCGGCAGAGCCCGCAGCCCUGCGCCAACGGGCGCUGCGAGAACACCGUGGGGAGCUACCGCUGCGUCUGCGCCCCCGGCUACCGCGCUGCCCCGCCGGGCACCGAGUGCCGAGACAUCGACGAGUGUGCCCAGAGCCCCCGCCCGUGCGCCCAGGGCCGUUGUGAGAAUACGCCCGGCUCCUACCGCUGCGUCUGCCCCACCGGGUACCGGCCCAACCCCCCUGGCACCAGCUGCAGCGACAUCGACGAAUGCGCCCAGAUCCCCCGCCCGUGUGCCCAGGGCCUCUGCGAGAACACGGCCGGGAGCUACCGCUGCACCUGCCCCCGGGGCUUCCGGGCCAGUCCGGCCGGCAACGAGUGCCUGGACCUGGACGAGUGCCGGCGCAGCCCCCCGCCCUGCGAGCCUGGGCGCUGCGAGAACGUGGCCGGCGGGUACCGCUGCACCUGCCCCAGCGGCUUCCGCCCCAGCCCCGCGGGCACCGAGUGUGUGGACGUGGACGAGUGCCGGCAGAGCCCACGGCCCUGCAGCUACGGGCGCUGCGAGAACACGCCCGGCGGGUAUCAGUGCGUCUGCCCGGCCGGCUUCCGGCUCGACCCCCAGCAGCGCCAGUGCCAGGACAUCGACGAGUGCGAGAACCACCUGGCCUGCCCGGGGCAGGAGUGUGUCAACGCGCCCGGCUCCUUCCAGUGUCUGCCCUGCCGGGAUGGGCACCGGCUCCACAACGGCCACUGCACAGACGUUGACGAGUGCGCGACAGGCUCGCCCUGCGGCCCCCACGGCCGCUGCUCCAACACCGAGGGCUCUUUCCGCUGCCAGUGCGGCCAGGGGUACCGGGCGGGCGCGCCGGGGGGCCCCUGCGCAGAUGUCAACGAAUGCCUGGAGGGCGAGUUCUGCUUCCCGCACGGCGAAUGUCUCAACACCGACGGCUCCUACACCUGCCUGUGUGCCCCGGGCUUCGCCCCUGCGCCAAGCGGCACCGCCUGCCUCGACGUUGACGAGUGCCAGCGCGGGGGGGUGUGCGAGGGCGGGCGCUGUGCCAACACGGACGGCUCCUUCGACUGCCACUGCCGGGCCGGCUUCCGGGCCAGCCCCGACAAGCAUGCCUGCCAGGAUGUGGACGAGUGCCAGCAGUACGGGGGCGCCCUCUGCGGGACCCAGCGCUGCGAGAACCAGCCCGGCUCCUACCGCUGCGUCCCCACCUGCGAGCCGGGCUACCGGGCCGAUGCUGCCGGGGCCUGUGUCGAUGUGGACGAGUGCCAGGAGUACGGGGGCGCCCUCUGCGGGGCCCAGCGCUGCGAGAACCAGCCCGGCUCCUACCGCUGCGUCCCCGCCUGCGAGCCGGGCUACCGGGCCGGUGCUGCCGGGGCCUGUGUCGACGUGGACGAGUGUGCGAACGGGACGCUGUGCGGGGACCACGCCAUGUGCCACAACCUGCCGGGCUCCUUCCAGUGUCUCUGCGACCAGGGCUACGAGACUGCCCGUGACGGGCGCCACUGCCAGGAUGUGAACGAGUGUGAGACGCUGCAGGGCGUGUGUGGGGCCGAGCUCUGCGAGAACGUGGAGGGCUCCUUCCUCUGCAUCUGCCCCAGCAGCGCUCAGGAGUUUGACCCCAUGACGGGGCGCUGCACCCGCCCGCCCAGCCCCCCCCAGCGCCCCGGUCGCCUGCCCGCCCCCCAGCCCGAGCCCGAGCCUGGAGCGCCCGUGCGGGACCCCAGCCGCCAGGAGUGCUACCACCAGGCCUGCGAGAAGGUGCUGGCCAGGAACGCCACCCGCCAGGAAUGCUGCUGCAGCCUGGGGCACACCUGGGGCACGGCCUGCCCGGCCCAGCCCUGCCCCCACCCGGGCACAGUGGAGUACCAGGCCCUGUGCCCCCGUGGGAACGGCUACGCCGCGCCAGGACCCCUCGCCGCGCUCACAGACAUGGACGAGUGUGCGCUAUUCAACACCCAGCUGUGCCGGGGGGGCGUCUGCGUCAACAAGGCCCCCGGCUACGCCUGCUACUGCCCCAAUGGCUACUACUACGAGACGCACCACCUGGAGUGCAUUGAUAACGACGAGUGUCUUGACGAGGAGGCAGAGCCCUGCGUGGGCGGGGGCUGCGUGAACACCAUCGGCUCCUUCUACUGCGUCUGCACCCCCCCGCUGGUGCUGGACGGGUCCCAGCGCCGCUGCGUGGCCAACGACAGCCAAGCCCUGGACGCGAACCAGGCCGUGUGCUGGCAGGAGGUGGGGCCGGACCUGGUCUGCAGCCGCCCGCGCCUCGACCGGCAGGUCACCUACACCGAGUGCUGCUGUCUGUACGGGGAGGCCUGGGGCAUGGACUGCGCCCUGUGCCCCGCCCGAGACUCAGAUGACUUCGAGGCUCUGUGCAACGUCCUGCGCCCCCCGAGCUACGGCCCGGCCCGGCCCGGCCUGGGGCUGCCCUACGAAUAUGGCCCCGAGUUCGUCCCCGGCUACGGGCUGCCCUACGGCCCCGAGCUGUUUGCCAGCUCCGCGGCGCGGGGCCCCCAGCCUGGCCUGCGCCCCGACUAUGACCCCUACGCCCUGGGGGGCUAUGCCGGGCGCCGCGACUCGCUCUACAGCUCCCCCACCUACGAGGCCGGCGACUUCGAGGACGUGGCCUACGUGGACGCCCGCCCGGAGGAGCCGCCCGCCCCCUACCGGCGGCCUGACGCCCCCCGCACCUACCGGCCCCGCAGCCCCCCGGACCCUGAGCCCGGCCCGGCCUGGCACUACCCCCCCAACCCUGCCAGCCCCUUCCCCGAGCAGCCGGGCCAGGCCAGCGAGACCCACACCGAGCGGCUCGAGGGGCUGCAGGCCGAGGAGUGCGGGGUCCUGAACGGCUGCGAGAACGGACGCUGCGUCCGCGUCCCCGACGGCUUCACCUGCCACUGCCACCCCGGCUUCCGGCUGGACACCGCCCACAUGGCCUGCCUGGAUAUCGACGAAUGCUCCGAGGCCGAAGGCCCCCCCGCGCUCUGCCUCAACGGGGGCUGCCUGAACACGGACGGCUCCUACCGCUGCCUCUGCCCCCGCGGCUACGUCCUCACCCCGCCCCCCCACUCCUGCACCCCCGCCCGGCCCCAGGCCUGAGGGGCGGCCGGAGAGCCCGUGCCGGGGGGCGGGGGCAGGGAGGUAUUUAUUGUGUGGCUCUAGGGCUGCCCGCCCCCUGGGAACAGGGGGCAUGGGCCCCCCGGGGGGGGUGAGUCCCCAGGGGUUGGGGCCAAGCGAUUCCCCCCCGGGGCGUGAACCCCGGGCCCUUCCGUGCUGAGCCCAGCCUGCCCCUGGGGCUCCGGGAGCGACUCCAGCCGGCAGCACUAGGAGGCUGUUACCCUGUUGUCCUCUCCAGCUGGCUGACCCUGUCGGGGGGGGUGGGGUGUCACUGUCCAUCCCCGGGGGCCACAUGAGGCUUCUCUCCAGUCAGUGGGCCCCCCAGCCCCCUCACCUAGACCCCCACAGCCCUCUGAGGCGAUUUGCCCAGCGGCCCACCCAGCUGGGACCCCCGAGGCUCCGGGUGGGGUGACAGGUGUGGGGCUCCCCCCAGAGCAGGAUAGGGAGAUGGGGGGGCCCCAGGGACAGAGGGGGUCACAGGAGGCAGGCGGGGUGGGGGAACCCUGGGCCUGUGUGUUGUGGGGCUGGCGUCCAAGUUACUCCCCUUCCCUCCCCUGGGAGAACCAGCCUCACCCUCCUGCAUAGCCCUGGGGGCCCCAGCCUGGCGGGAGGGUCUGGGGGGCUCGGGGCCCACUGGUGAGGGACGGGGUUCUCCGUGCACCCAGCCCUGGGAAUGGGGCAUCUGCCGGCGGCUGGUGGGAAGCGAAGAGUUAACAGCACGUGGCUCCAGGGCGCCCCCACCCCCCUCAGGCCAGCGGCACCCUGGCCCCCCCUCAGCCCUGGGGGGUUGCUAUAGCUCCCGGCCCCUGGGUCUCGUCUCCCCCCUUUGUUACAGGAAUAAAGGUUUUCUAUAAAAGGAA